AACCAAUAUAUGACGUAUACCACAGGUGUGACAAAUUACCGAUUGAUUCAAUGUGAAGGACUGACUGUUAAAGAUGUAAACAUAGGGUUAAAUAUGAUUAAGACAAAAUAUAAGGAAUUAAGCUUUAAUUGGGAGACAUACUUAAAGAGAUAAUAAGAUGAUGGAUGACACGCCUGAAGUGGCUGAUGCGCUGGCCAACGGCGGGGAGGAGAAGCGGAACAGCGCCGCCACCAUCGACCACACCGAGGUGCAUGUGGGCAUCACCAAGAAGCAAGCGCCUGGCGUCUCAUCGGGUGCCCAGGGCUCUCAGUCCACCGUUAUCAGCACGGGUAACGCGGGGGAGCCCGGUGUGCGUUACUCGACCACGGAGAGCGGGCUCACCCAGGUUAUCGUGCAGAAGCCAAACCCAGAGGACAAGCCCAAAGACUUUGUGGUCACCUCGUGUUUUGUGAUACUCUUCUGCAACUUUCUAUGGGGUCUCGCGGGAUGGCACUUCGGAUUGAAAGCCAACAACGCAUGGCAAUUGGGAGACGAGGUCGAGUGUCGACGUCACGCGAAGAAGGCCAAGAUAUUUGUUAUACUUGGCGUCAUCACGGGAAUAAUUACAUACGUCCUGGUGUUGACGCUCUUCUUCACGUUAUCACCGCUACGUCCUGGGGCGUAGCCCCUAACACAUGGCAAAGAUUAUUUGUAAUUGACAAACCAAGGUGCGAGUUUUUGCUACACGUAUUCACAGAAUUCACAUAAUUUGAAUUAAAAUUCAAAACCUUGGAGCAGCUAAACUGUUGCGAACAUGUGUUUAGUGUGUGAGUUGAUAUGUUUUGGGAAUGGUGAAACAAAUGUUAAAUUAAUAGAGCGUCCGGUUAUCCAGGGGCUGUCGGCAACCCAUCGGGAUGUUAUGAUGUGCCUUUUAUCUGCUUAAUUGAAUUAACGUGAAGACAUACAAUUCUCUUCUGGACUUUAGACAUUUGUCUGAUGACAAAUGAUACUAUACAUUGUACAUUUUAGUUUGAGGAAAUUAAUUACUGGUUUAUAUGUAGGGUGUCUGCUUAUGUCGCCUGUUAGGUAUACAUGUACAGUAACAAUUAUGUCAACUUAUAAGCUGUCUGGUCAUCCUUUGAUCUACAAUGUAUGCUAUUCUUACCUUUGUUCUCAAAUACUUUGUUUGAAAGUUUUACUAAAGAAUAUGAUCAAAUGCAUUCAUGGUAUGUUUACAUAUAGCCAUGAUAAUUGAGCUUUUCUGAAUAUGUGUGCAUGAAAUAAGUCUGGUUUUGUGUUUAAGAUUUAGUAUGUAUGAUCUUAUUAGAUAGUCAAAUUUAAGGUGUGAGAGCGAAAAGGUUCUAACUGCUUCUAUAUUUAAUGUCAGUUAGAACCUUUUUUACCCUCAACCCUUGUUAGGCUGUCCAUAUCAGUAAUUUUAAAUAGUCCUACACAACUAGGAAAGGUGCUUUGAUUUCAUGACAUCAGGGAUUGUUCUUGUUUUGAAUGUGAAUGAAGUGCCUUACAAUUUUAAUGUAAUGCAAACACUGUAUAUUAAUUGUAUCUGAAGCCCAAAAUACUUUCCUAACUUAUAAAAAAGCAUGUUCAUUUUAUUUGUAUUGUAUUUAUAUAACUAGUUUUCAGUUUCCAGAUACAAUAUUAUGUUAAACAUAUGAAUUGUGAUCAAAUUCACUUUUAUUGAUAUUAAGAUUGUAUUUCAUUAUUUGAUUUUUAUACUUUUUUAUUGCUUUCAACUGUAAGGUGUAGGGGGUGGGGGGAGGGGGGGGGGGGUAAUAAUGUACUCAAAAUUUAUUUUAAUGUCAAAGAAUAAGAUUUUGCUCAACUAACACUAAUUUUAAUCAAUAAGGGUGUUGUUUAACUAUGUUCUAGGUGUACCUGCUUGAUUUGUUAGUAAGUUAAAGCUGGACAAAUGUACAUACUAUACAGCAAGAAAUAUUGAGAGGGCUGUACAAUGCAAUUUCUAGGCAUAAUAUUGUUGUAUUUGUUAUAACCAUGGAAACUAUACUGAUGUGUUUAAGCUAUUUAUCUAUUAUUUAGUACACAAAAUGCAUGUCUUAUUUAUUAUUAUACAUACUUAUUAUACAGCUCAAUCAUGACCUGACUGUGUGCUAGGGUAUCGGGUUAUUGUAAGUAGUGCUUUAAAUUUCAAGUCCAUUGUUUGUUAUAUAAUUCUGUGUGGUUCAUAUUUCAAAAUUUGGGUCAUUUUCAAAUAAAUAUAUCGAUAGCAUCAGUACAAACAAGGCUACUUAUCUUGUUAGUGCUUCUAUCUUUGAUUCAAACUAUUUAAUACCAGCUGAGUCAUGGCAAAUGUUUACAAAUAUCACUAUUUUGUUAAGUUCUAUAGUCCAACAAUACAUACUAGUAUAUUAUAGGCGAGUUGUUUUGUACUUUUAAUGAAAGUUUAUUUUUAUCAAUAAAUCUAUCUCAGAGGUCACUUACUUUUUUCUAUAAGAAGAGCACAGAAAUACACAUUAUAAGUGAUGAAUGAAGACAUUUCUAAAGCAUUUCAAUGGUAUAUUAAGUAUAAGUUACAUAUUGUUAGUACAUACUUACAAAAAACAAAUGGUUUGUAUGCCACUGUGUCACAUAACCAUCUAUUUCGUAGAAGUACAUGCCAACAAUCUUCAACCUCUUGAGUGGUCUACAUAAUAAUAUGUGAACAACUUUCUAACUAAGUCAGCCACAGUAUAUAUCUACCGCUUCACCUGAUUGAAAUCAAUAAUGGCCGACUGCUGCAUAACUGAAAUAGGUGUAUUGAAAAGCUUGAGAGAAGUUGCCUUCUAACUGGACAAAUUAAUAUGUUGACCACUGAAUUUGGUAUAUCAAAGAUCUGACACAGGUGGUCAAGACCUGAAAACAAGGUCAAAUCAACCUAGGUGCAAGUAGUUUCUACAAUAUCUUACUGAUCUGAAUCCUCUGUAGCUGGAAGCACCACUAUUACCUUGAACACUGCUUGUACACAAAACUAACCCCAGCACCAGUGUGAAGUGCAGAACUUUCACUCCUUCCCCCACCAUUAGUCUGCAGGUGUAUUUAGUACAUCUAGCUAAGUAUUCAAGUAAUAGCAUUUGAUACAAGUACUGUCAGCUUAAGCAACCAGUAGGUCCAUAAAAGGAUGGUAUGAAAAACAAUAAGCUUCCCUUUGUUAUGUAUUUAUAGCCACUCAGUCAUCAAAACCAUUCAAUUCCUCCAAUAACAAUGGUAUGAAUUCUUGUACCAUACCAUAUAUAAACACUUAUACUAUAUUUAUUUCUAGGAAGUCAUUUCAAUGCAAACUACCUGCAAGUUAUACUGUAGUAAACAAGAUGGAAAAGAAAUACAAAGAGCAAACUAUUCUGGAUAAUCCUUUAUUUUUUUCAUAGUUAUCAUAAAACACUUAUUGCACAUGGAAACAUUAUAAAACCAUGUUAAAAUAGAUGAAGCUAGGCAAACUGCAACAACACAUGAGGAAAAAUCCUAAAAAGGUUAAAGAUUUAUAUUUGAAAAAGACUUGUAAACCAUGGUCUUUGCACGGGUGGCAAUUUAUUGACAAACUUACCAUAACUUGCAGCAUCAUGCAAUGAAUAACAUAAAGAAUAAAAUGUCUCAUCAAAGGAUGUGAUAGAUCGACCAACAGCUUUUAAGCUACAUGGAUGAUAUUGCUUGAAUUUUCAGUUCGAAAAUUAUGCAAUCACUCACCAAAGUACACUUGUAUUCAUUUUUCCAUGAUAACCCUGUAUACGUAAAUUCUUCACACAUACAGUGUACAAUUACAGGCACUUAUAAGUAUAAUACACAGACGGCACUCUUGUGUGAGAUAUGUCAGAAGUCCCAUUCUACACUUAGGUUUAAGCAUUGUUUGAAAUGAAAACUACAACAAGAAGUAUUAUCCAUUACACAAAAGCAACAAUGUUUCUCUAAUCUACAUAAAUAAUAGUGAGCAAGCUUGGUAGUCAUGGAAUAGCUUGAUCAGCUUAUCAUAACAAAGGAGCAAUUGUAGAGUUAUUGCCCUUGACAAGCUUAUCAUAACAAAGGAGCAACAUACAAGUACUUAGCAUAUCAUCUGCAACUGAUUGUAUUUGUUGGAAUAUAACAAGGAUAUUUUGUUGAGUCUUUAUUAAGUCUGUAUUCUGAUCUCAGAAAGAGGCAGCAUUGCUUUGUGCUAAUUACACUUUUUAAGUAUGAAUUUGUUGUAAUUUAUUUUUGAAAGACUUUAUGAAGAGUGAAUUUUAUUGUUCGUCUUUGAUGACAUGUGAACGUUUUAUAUAUCAUAACCUUGUAAUGGUGAAACGUUAUAUUAUAAAAUAAAAAUACGAAACAUGAG